AUGACACCUGGGUUCUACGUUCCGGUUGGGGUCGUUACUGGGUUUUGGGUACUGGUUGCCAUUCUUGGAUGUCUUUGUGCCCCAAAAAGUCCAAAUAAAGAGAUAUGGAGGAUUUCUUUAGUUCUGACUUCGGUUUGCUGUUACCUUUUUUGGUUGAUCUUUUUCAUUGCACAAUGGCACCCGUUUUACGGGCCGGUAGUUUCUACCAAGACUUUGCGGGUCAUGCAGAUUGAUUGGAAGGUAAAUUUCCUAAUUGAUUCCCAAAUGGUAAAGGGCCUUGUUAACUUGUACCGAUUGCUUUCACAUUCACUUGUGGUAAAUAAUUUCUUAAAUUUACAACUGUCUAACACCCAUACUUCUAAUGUAAAUCCCUUUUCUCGCAAAUAUAUUUGGCUUGAGAUUUUUUAUUUGCUGGUUUUAGUUUCAUCAGAUGACUGGAUGGCCUUCGAAAUGUUUGGAUGUAUCGAACCCGCAUUUCUGCUUGCACCCACAUUCUUGAAGUCUUGGGUGUGCUUCGCGUACCGCAUUGGAAACCUUUACAGUCGUGCAGGGUCCAUGAUGUUAAAAGGCUUAGUUUUUGGCACGAUCUUCUUGAUGAUGAUUGCUUCUACUAAGGCUUCCUGCGUCCUACAGGGAGUCUGCGGCAAAUCAACUCAGCAUGUUUGCUUUCCAGGGCAUGUUUCUACGGUGAAAAUAUCCGAUGAAGUUGCUUCUUACUGUUCAAAAUUUUCAGAAGGCAAAGAAGGAUGCUGUACAACUGAACAAAUCGAACUGGUUAAAAAGGGUUUAAAGAAAGUUGGCUUCUAUUUUGGCAAACACAGCAAGUGCUUCAAAUUGAUGAAGGAAAUGUUCUGCAAAUUCCAUUGCCGCAAAGAUCAAGAUGAAGUUAUUUAUGAUAUUGUACCGGAUUCGGAUAACUCUGCAGUGAGCAUGACUGUUGAAUUAGAGGAGGAUUUCGUCGAAGAUUUGUUCGAUGCUUGCAAAGAUAUCAAAUUUCUUUCUGUCCGGGUAGCUAAUCGAGUGUGCCUAAGAAAACCCUGUGAUGCCAAAGAGUUCAUUCGUAGUCUUGGGACCUCUAAAGAGAAUGGCGGAAGAUCUCCUAUGCAGAUAAAUUUUAAACUGGUUUAG